UGGCUCCAGUGAUUGAAAGCCCGGCGCGGACUCGCCAUGGAGAGACGCAACCGCACACGACGGGGCCGAAUCUUCGGCUCCUUGCUGCCCACCGCACCUUCGCUGGUCAGGGCCGAAGAGGUGCCACCCGCACCAAUGCCGGAAGCUGCAAGCGACGCCAAGCCGGAGCCCGAGGAGUCCACGGUGCAGUUUGAGAUGAUCCAGCGAGAAUGGCAGAACCUCUCCAUGCAGGACAACUGGGAUGGUUUCCGCAUCGAGGCCCAGAACAAGGUCACAGAGACCUUGCAGGCGACGCACUCGGUCUUCCUAGGCACCCGCUUGCGGGAGUGCGGUUAUCUCUACCAGUUCGGCCCGGCGUUCCAGAGCCAGGACGGACGGACGGUUUUGGUGGCCCGAACGGGCCUUGACGGCGGGGUGAACGCACGGGUCAUCCAGAAGUUUGGCAAGUGCUGGGAAGUGAAAUGCUCCUCGAAUUCCGACUUGAAGGCCACCUUGCCGAUCGUGGCUCUCCCGAUUGACAUCAAGGAUGCGCAGCGCAAUAUGCACGAGGGCACAGUGGAAUACACCGGACCUCAGCGAGCGCUUUGUGGGAAGCUGGCCUGGCAGGGCGCGUGGUUGGCUGGAGGAUCCUUUGUCCAAAAACUCCUGCCCCAGCUUCACCUUGGAGGGGAUCUUACCUUGGUCGGAGUGAACGGCGUCACCUCCAUUGGUCAGGUCGGCAUGCGCUACGCGGAGGGCAAGAACAUUGUCAGCGCCACGCUGAACCGAACACCGGAUCCAAGGAUUCCAGGAGCCCCCAACCAACUGCACGAACUGAGAAUGCAGUUCGUGCGUAAGGUCACGGAGCGCCUGAGCUUGGGCACGGAGUUCAAGUUUUCCUACCCAGACAAGGAAUCUGGCCUGUCACUGGGUUAUGAGUAUCUCUUCAGGAAUGCCCGCAUCCAGGGUUUGCUGGAUACUGACGGCAAGGUGAGUUGCAGUGUGCACGACAUGACCGGCUUUGGCUUCAGCGGCAUGAUUGACUAUGCGCGCGGCGAUUACAAGUUCGGCAUGGUCAUGCACGUGCUUCCCCAGCCUGAGCCGGGACAGCCACAGUGAUUCGCGCGGUGCGGUUCGCGGUUCGUUUUGGCGUGGCUACCUCACGUGGAGACCGUGGAGCCUGAAGUCAAAUUGUGACAAUCUGACCCAGUUGGGGGGUCCACGUUUGCUAGGGUUCAGAGCCAAAAAAGGGGCUACCAGGCCUUGAGCCAGGAAUGGCAGUGAGAUUGCUGCAUGAGUGGAU